AUGGUGAAAGAGGCUGCAAGAAAGUGUUCUAAUUGUGGCCACAAUGGCCAUAACUCAAGAACAUGUGCUAAAGGUUGUAUCAAAUUGUUUGGUGUUAGUAUUGAGAAACAUGAACCACCAAUUAAAAGAAGUGCUAGCUUAGAUAACAUAGAGUUCUUAGAUGACAAUAACGUUGCCCAUCAUGUCGAUGCUGGCUAUAAUUCUGACGGCUGUAUUGGUUCCAAGACAGGCAAAACAACCUACGGAAAGAAGAAAGGUAUAUGUGAUUCAUUUGUUGCAUCUCUCAUCUAUUUGUUACUGAAUGCUAAUAAUAAUCUUGAUUUUCAUUGUCGCCAACAAUCAUCGCAGACUGUUGAUUGUCAUCCGGUAUCGGGUGUACAAUAA